UCCUAGCUAUGAUUGUAGAGGAACGGCGAUUUUUUUGUUUACAGUAAAUUUACAUUGUUAAGAUAGUUGUUGAUUAGUAUUGAGUUUAUUGGAAUUAAGACAAACAAUGAUGUUAUAAGACUUGACAAAAUCAAUCGUUGAGCUGGGAAAACUUUUACAUUCUGUGCUAUGAUAUGAGAUAAUCUACAAGAAAACUGAUUCAGGGAAAAGAAUUGUACUACAUUCCAUUAUGAAUAGUACGGACUAUUACUACGUGUACUGUGAUGAGAAUGGAAAGAACGAUUCCGACAAUGAUACAGAGACACCGGAAGUGAAGCUUAACAGGACGGCCAUUACAACGUUUUUGGUAUCAUCGUAUACCAUUAUUUGUAUAGCCGGUCUGAUUGGAAAUGCGUUAGUUAUUUAUGUCGUUCUACGUUUUGCCAAAAUGAAGACUGUUACAAACUUGUACAUAUUAAAUCUUGCUGUUUCUGAUGCGAUGUUUUUAAUAAGCUUACCAUUUCUUAUAACAACUACUGUUUUAGAACACUGGAUAUUUGACACAGCUAUGUGUAAGAUAUAUUUUGUAUUAUACUCAAUCAACUUCAUAACAAGCGUUCUAACUCUUACUGCUUUGAGUGGAGAUCGAUAUCUUGCUGUAUGUCAUCCCGUAUCUUCAGGGCGAUACCGGACAACUAAAAUCGCUUUCUUUGUCUGUCUCCUGAUCUGGUCCCUUUCGUUUUUUGUGAUGCUACCAAUAAUUUUGUAUUCGACAACGAUUCCAAAUUCAAAAGACAAAUCACAUGACACCUGUACUGUAAAAUGGCCGGAAGACCAACUGAUACCUCCAGAAAAGGCAUUCACAUGGUAUACUUUCUUACUAGGAUUUGCGAUUCCAGUUUCCUUAAUCUUUGUAUUUUACCUAUCGGUUGUGCUAAAUUUGUCCUGUGUUGGUCCAGGUAUGCGCACUGCAAACAAAAAACGAUCACGACGAAAGGUAACACGCUUAGUUUUUGCAGUUAUCGGUGUCUAUAUUUUAUGCUGGUUGCCUCAUUGGGUAUUCCAAGUAAAUCUUACAUUUCAACCACAGGACUAUAGACUGAAAGAUUGGGAAAUAUAUCUUUUUAAUGGUCUUACAGUUUUGACGUACGCUAACAGUAUGCUCAAUCCUCUACUUUAUGCGUUUUUGAGUGAUAACUUUCGGCGUUGUUUUCGCAAAGCUUUCAAGUGUGCAGAAAAUCCUGAUGCGGAACGGCGGUUGACAAUCGAAAAUAGUGUUUUACCAAAGAGUAAUAAGAAGAAAACCAAAAAAGCUGUACCUUCAGUCAAAACCAAAGCAAAAUAUGAACUGGCGACAUUGACAACAGCUAUAGGAAGUGCCUUAAUUUUACCGAAUGAUGGCCUUCUACAACCCUCUCACCAAGAAACAACGAGCUUGUAUGUUGAUAAAGAAAUUCAAACAAGUUAAAAGAUUCGCUGUAUAGGAUAGAUGUCACUAUGUAUAUAUAAAAAAAAACAUUCAUCUGAUAACAAACAUUUAAAAUUUGUCUCCAACUCCUGACUCUCGUUUUCGCAUUUAAACAAAAUUAUACAAUAACAUAUGUCAAGGAAAUUUAAAAUCAUUUGUAUUUAAAUUGUGUUCGUGCACAGAAAUAUUGAAGUGCAUCCAACUUGUAAUAUUGAUAUCGUGUAGAAAUGUGUCGCCUUUUUAAACAUUUCAUCAUUGUUUUAAGAUAAGAAUGUUACAAUCGAUAAGUUUGAAUAAUACACCUAUGAGUUACAACAACGGAAUCUCCAUCUAUUUAUCGUUAUGUUUAAUCACGUAAGAUCUUAAAGAGGAAGUGCCAGGUUUUUUUUCUGAAUUUAUUUCAUUUACAGCUAGCUUAGAAAUUUGAAAGAUGUUAAAACCUACUGGAAUUUGAAUAUUUAAGAGUCUAGAUACUACAAAUUGAAGAUUUUAAAACAAUUUUACACAUAAACAUGGAAUCAAUAUGCUUUCAACGCUAUACUUUGUUGUUGUGAAGACAGUUUUUAUACAAUAUCGAUCAUUUUAUCGGAACUUUUCUCAUCCCUAAGCGUCCGUUGGGGGCAAUUGGAACGAAACAUGACAACACUCACCGUAUGGGUAUUGAGUUUAAAAAUGUGUCCGAUGAUCCAACCUUCGAGUAUACAUGACCUCUAAGGCUAAACUAUAACAUGGGGGUAAGACGCAAGUAAUGUCCAUUACUUUUUGAACAUAUAUUACUUGAGAAAAUUUGACUGAGACAGAAAGGCUACGAAUAUCAAGAUAUACAUUCCCUAUAAUUAGACGAAAACUCUUUAUAUGAGUUUUUACCCGUAAAUGAGGAUGUUUUUAAAUCAAUUUCUCACAAUUUUUAAUAUUAUCUUUAAAAUUAUAAACGAUAAAGUAAAACUGUAAAUCUCAAAAAUUAUCAGCAGGACAAUAUCUACAUUUAAAUCCUCACUGUUGGCAGUCAAUUCUUUAUAAGAGUUAUUUCUCUUGGAAGACGCAUUUUACCAUUUUUAUUUUUGUGUUGCGGAUAUAGAAGAUAGAGAUAGAGAACAGUAAACCGAAAAAAUUAUCAUCAGGACAAAACUUCUUUUAAUCAAAAUAUAAAUCAAAUGGCUGAAGUCAAAACUGCCAAGGAACUGUUAUAGGAAUUAUUGCCCUUAAAUGACAAAUUUUACCAUUUUUUUCAUUUUUGCUCUUUAUCUUUAAAACUAACAGAUAGAGAGAAACUUUCAGUUGCAUAAAUGAACAGCAAGACAAGAUCUACGAAUAAGUAUGUAUGGUCGAAAUCGUCAGUCGACUCCUAAUUAGAAUGAUUGCCCUUUGAUGACGACUUUUACCAUUUUUUUGCGUUUUUGCCUUAUAUCUUAGAUAGAUAGAAACUUAAAUAAGCAAAAGUGACCAGCAAGACAAGAUCUACAUUUAAGACAAUAUGGGGGAAAUUUUCCGACGACUCCUUAUUGUAUUUAGUUCCCUUUAAUGACGAUUUUCACCAUUUGUUUUUGCAUUUUGCCUUAUGUGAUAAAAAUUAUUAUAUAUCAUAAAUAGAAACUUUAAAUAACAAAAAUGAUCGGCAAGGCAAGAUCCAUAAACAAGUCAAAUUUUGCCGAAUCGGAUAUAGUUAGUAGACUUUCACUCUUCAUAGGAGUGAUUGUCCUGAAAUGAGGAUUUUCUUUUGUGUUUUUAUCAAAAACUAAAGAGGAUAGAGAGAAACUAAACAGACUAAAUGAUCAGCAAUACAAGAUCAGCAAAAAAGAAAUUUUUGUCAUGAAUUCGAUUCGUGUCUACAAUGUUGGAGAGAGUCCAUUGUUGAUUAUGCACAUAGACCUAGGUGAGCGACACAGGCGCUUUAGUUUGCAGUAACUAUAAAAGUAGAUAGAGAAAAUGUGACCAGCAAAAAUGACAAUGAUAGCGGAACAAAAUGAAUAAAACAGCAUGUCCGAAAUCGUCAUUAAUUUUUAUAGGAGCUAUUAUCCUCGAAAAACGAUUGCUGACGAUUGUUUAAAGACACUAUUGUAGAUAGAGAUCUAGUAAAUCUGAAAACAGCAAAAAAUUUCAUCGGGACAAGAUCUAUAAUGAUAGGUAAAUGUGGCCGAAUUUGAGCGAAACAGACUACCUGGAAUUUCUAUUUUGCUGUUGAUUAAGUUGAGUGUUCACAAACAUACCAAAUGUUUGACUUAAUUAGUUGUAAUGAUUAAAAGAAAUGACUGAGGGUUUAUUUAAUUAGCAGGUCGCCUUGGUUUUAUUUCCAUACACUAUCUUUUUUUUUUUUUUAAUUCGAGAGUCUUUCUGAAAUGACAGGAUUUAAAAAAAAACAAAAAACAUUGCUUUUUUUCAAAAUCCCAUAUGAAAAACGUGUGAAUAACUGUGUUGUUCAAUGUUUCGCCGUCUUUUGGGGGUGUUUUAAUAUGCUUAGCAUAAUUACAUUGACUGAAAUCAUAUCUUCAAAACAUCUAAAAACCCUUUUUUAAAACACCUAUUGGACGAGUGAAAGCGAAACCAUUAGCACGUUUUUCAUAUGAAACAAUAUUAAUUAACAUUACUGUGUAUUGUUUUUGUUAGAUGUGUUUUAAUGGGUAUUGUAAAAUAAAAUUUUAUUUUCGAACAA